GCGACAACGCAUGCGCAUUUGUAGCUACUCUCCAUCAGUCGACGUCCGAUGAGCGUGAAUUAAAAUAUAUUUAUUUUAAAAAUAUUUUGCACAGUACAGUUAGUACGAUAUUACAGCCUUCAAAUUCACAACUGAAUGGCAACAUAGCGAGAAAAAAGAAGGAUUUUUUAAAAUGUAUCUUGUAAGCUAGCAAGCUAAGAGGCUAGCCCAUGUAAUUAGCUUACAUUUGUGUCCAAAUGUACCUUCUUUCCACGGUUGUCGCCUCUUUGGCCGUCUUUUUUCUCUUGAAAUGGAUGAAAAAGCGACGCUACUGCACGGACGUCAAAAGGCUGGACGGGAAAACGGUUCUUAUUACGGGGGGAAGUUCGGGCAUCGGCAAGGAGACAGCCGUAGCGUUGGCCAUGAGAGGCGCCCGCGUGGUGAUUGCCUGCCGAGAUGCGGAUAGGGCAGAGAAAGCGGUGCGGGAGAUCAAAUCCCGCAGUCGCAGCCUGGCUGUAGUUUGCAUGGAGCUGGACCUGGCCAACCUGCGCUCAGUGCGCAACUUCUGCAUGAGCUUCCUGCAGCGGGAGAAGAGGCUUGACAUCUUGAUCAAUAACGCAGCCAUGCCGGCCAUCCUGGACUGGACAGACGACGGCUUUAGCAUGUGCCUGGGCGUCAAUCACCUGGGCCACUUCCUGCUCACCAAUCUACUUCUGGGCCGCCUGAAGGAAUGCGCCCCCAGCCGCGUGGUCACGCUCACCUGCUCCAGCUACAAGUACCAGAAGCUGGACUUCCAGGACCUCAACUACAACCUGCUGCCGUUCUUCACCUACUGCCGCAGCAAGCUGGCCAACGUCUACUUCAGCCACGAGCUGGGUCGCCUUACGCAAGGGAAGGGCGUCACCUCCUAUGCAGUGCACCCCGGCUUUGUGCAGAGCGAGUGGACAUGCCAUUAUUCGUUUUUGUUCCGAGCUGUGAUGCGGGUCCUCAUGUGGAUGUUCUCCGUGUCCUGCGAGGCGGGCGCUCAAACCGUGGUCUACUGUGCCGUGUCAGACGAAGCGGCCAUUCAUGGCGGCGGAUACUUUGUGGAUUGCCGGGCGGCCACCGUGCGACCAUUCGCCCGUGAUGCCGGUGUGGCCAAGAAACUGUGGGAGGCCAGUGAGCGGCUUGUCAAACUGGCAUGAUGUUUUUUUUUUUUACAUUUUUGCCAUCAUUUUCAUGAAAGAUAUGUUAUUGAGUUGAAUCAUUUAAAAAUAAGAUGUUUUGUGUAUUACUGUACU